AUGCCCCCCAAAAAGCGGGAUAAAGAGCUUGAGAGCCAAAAAACACCACGAACGGAUCAAAUACAAGCUGACCAUGAAUUGUUCCUCCAAGCCUUUGAAACCGGUAUUUCUAUAUCGAAACUUGUCGUACAUGAAAGAAAGAAUGUCAAGGAGUCACAAAACUCGUUGUGGAUUUCGAGUCAAAUCAAUAUUAGAAAAGCUGAUGGCGAGAAAUAGCAUCGAACAAAAUCCAGAAAUUCAUGGAUAUAUGACACUUACUUUUUUAGGUUUUUACGAUAAAAAGAUCGAAGGACCUCAGGAUGCUGUUAAAGUGGAAACGCUAUUAUUAAAAAUAUGUCACAAAAAACGAAAAGAUGUGACUUCACCCACAAUGCAGGUUUCAUUCGGAACCAGUGAAGUUCCAAUAAAUCCAUCAGAAGAUCAUCCUCCACCAACAGCACCCACUAUUUCUAUAUCUAAUGAAUCAUUUAGCUUAGAUAACGGCCACGUUGCAAAAACUUAUAUGUUGCUUUUGAGAGUCUAUUGUAUGUCUAAUAACAGUUGCCUUUUAAAUAACUGUGAUUUAGAUGCAGAACCAGCUCAAAAACGACGUAAAUCUUCACCAGGAAGCUACAAGUGUGGAGAACAAGUAAAACUUUAUGGCUCAGAAUUAAUUGUUUAUGACAAACAUAAUCGUUGUCUAUUAACGGAUGGUGAUUAUGAAUUGAGCCUACAGGAAGUUCAAACAAAUGUUAGAUCAAGUCCUAAAAAACAUAGCUCUUGGGAAUCAAUAGUUGAUAUUAAAGAAUGCGGCCCUUUUGAAGUAUUCAGUCGAAAUCCAACAUUAAAAUUUAGACUCAGUUGGACGGUAGAGCCCAGCAAUAGGUUUGUCGAUAGACCCGCACUUAUUCACCCACUAUCUAAUGGAGAUAAUAAAGAAAAUCGUUCAGGAAACACAGAUGUAGAUCGAUGUGGUACAAAUAAUAAUAACAACAACAAUAACAAUAACAACCUCAACAACAACAACAAUAAUAAUAAUAGCAAUAGCAAUAACAUGCUUCAAAAUUCUAAUUCAUUGACACCAUCAAAAAUGUCUAGUUCAUACGAAAAAUUGAAUAAAUCAGAUGGAGCUCAGCAGAUUGUUUAUCAAUUUUUAUACAAUAAUAAUAGCCGACAACAAACUGAGGCUUGCGAAGAUUUACAUUGUCCUUGGUGUUCAUUGGAUUGUGGCAAGCUUUAUUCUUUACUAAAACAUCUUAAACUUUGCCAUUCACGGUUUACGUUUACGUAUGUGCCAAUACCUCAGGGCGCACGCAUUGAUGUAGCUAUCAAUGAGUGCUACGAUGGUUCUUAUGCUGGUAGUCCACAUGAACUCAUUUCUCAACCCUCUGGUGUUGCAUUUUCACGUACUGGACCUAUAAGACGCACAAGUGUAACUAAUAUUUUAGUCUGUAGACCCAAGCGAACUAAACCCAGUCUUUCAGAAUUUUUGGAACUCGAUGAGAAUGAAUUUGAAAGUCAACGGCCUUAUAUAACUGGUCACAAUAGACUUUAUCAUCAUACUGUAACAUGUUUACCAAUUUACCCAAAAGAAAUGGAUAUCGAUUCGGAAGGAGAGAAUGAUCCGAGAUGGUUACAAACUAAAACCAUGAUGAUGAUUGAUGAUUUUACUGAUGUAAAUGAAGGUGAAAAAGAAUUGAUGAAAAUGUGGAAUUUACAUGUAAUGAAAUAUGGAUAUGUUGGUGACUGUCAAAUACCAUUAGCAUGCCAAAUGUUCCUAGAAUUUAAGGGGAAAGAGUUGCUUAUGAAAAAUUUAUAUCGUAAUUUUGUUUUACAUAUGAGCAGUCUUUUUGAUUUUGGCUUAAUAAGUCCUGUGAUUUUAUAUCAAACUAUUCAGAAGCUUCAAGAAAUUAUGAAAGAAGGUGGUGAAGACGGAGAUGUAAGAAAAAUAUUACAAAAAUCUCAUGAAGCGCAAGUUGAACGUUGGAUUUCUACAGGCAUGCAUGCAUCUUCAGACAAUAUAAAAUCGAGCAAUACUAUUGGUAAAACUCAUUUUAAUAAUGAAGUAUGUAAUUCAAAUGCAAGACGAAAAACUUGCUUGCAACUCGGUUCACCACCAUCUGCACAAACAGUAAAACCUUCUAUUCAUAAUACAGUAAGCAAACAUGCUAGUAUGAUUAGUACACCAUCAACAAAAUCUCUUUUAACAAACACAAGUCAAACUUCUAUUCCAUUUUCAUCGGUUCCAAGUACAUUAAAAAAAAUGACUUCUAAUGAUAUUACUGUGUCUAGUAGUAACAUUAUAACCAAAACAUUAGAAAUAAAUUGUAAUUUGAAUAACUUCAGUCAGAAUAACCGGCAAGCUAAUGAACCAAUUAGAAGAAAAAGUACAAAUUCGAUUGUUAUGGCCACGAAUAACUUGGUACCUCUACGAAGAAAGUCGAUGGCCAGCGAUAACCCUAAUAGCGAAUAUUACAAAAGAAAAUUAUUGCUUGAUGCUAUACCAUCCGUUAAUAGUGCCAAUCCAAAAAUGACACUGAAUGACAAUACUUUCUAA